AUGGAUGCCCCAGACUUUACAAUCCCCGACGACGAUCAUGUCAACGGCGCUUCCAGCGAGAACGUCCCGAAGUCCAAGAAGACUCGUCGCAGCCGCUACGACCCAGAGCCAGACUGGUCGGCCAUGGUGCGUGCCAAGGUCACGAAGACCCAACAUCGUGUCGGCCAGGCCUGUGAUCGUUGCAAGCUCAAGAAGAUGAAGUGCACACCUGAUCCUGGAGGCUGCGCUUGUUGCCUCAUCCUCAACAUCCCAUGGGUUACUGACCGUGUCACCGGUGAGACCUGGGUGCGUGGUGAGGCUGGCCGGAUGCGGGCUAUUAUUGAGAGCCUCAAGAAGCAGACUGAGGACCUGAAGGAGCAGGUCACGCAGCUUCAGCAGAAGAACGCACAGCUACAGGACUGUCUGGACGGUUCGUACAGAGCCAAUCUCAUGGAUCACUACGAGCAGGACCUUGACCCCGGACACCAUCACCAGAGUCUAUUGUGA